AGCGGAGUUUUUGAAAAAGCGAGAGCAUUAUACUGUUGUGCUUACAUGUGGAUUAUUAUUACGUUCUUGCCCGUUAUGUUCCGUCGCUAUUUUACAUGCCUCAAAACUAGGUUCAAUCAUUGAAAAAAUGUGAGAAAUGCUUCAAUUUUAUUGUUCCUGAAAGAAAGUUUGAUAUUGUAUGGCUAAUCAUUAAUAUUCUAUUGUGUAUUAUAUUGAAUGUAUUGAGCCAUUAAUCAAUUCGAAUAAAUCAUCUCCAUCAUCAUCCUCAUCAUCAAGUCGUGAUUUAUUCAGAACGAAUUUGAUAAAUAGCCAAUCAAAUCUUUCUACUGUUAAAGUGAACCCGGUGAAUAGAUUGCUGAAACGUAUAACAUCCCCAACAACUAUUAAUUCCUUAUCUUCUAUUGCUUUUUCCACUUCCUCUAAUAACGAUCCAUAUAAUUUUGAUCUUUUGUGUAAUUCUCCUACUUCAUCAAUAAUUUCUAAUGAAGCUGAUCAUCAUCAGAUGAUCAUCACUUCUACUACUACUAUUACUACUACUACUACUACUGGUCCUACUACUGCUACUGCUGUUCUUCCUAUUCUUUCAUCUUCUUGUUGUAAUACUAUACAAUCGUCUAUCAGUAAUUUAACAUUAAAUAAUGACAAUACUACAAUAUCAUCAAGUGAUUUAUUUUUAUUUUCAAAAUCUGAACAAAAAAAAUUUGCUGAUUUAUGUAUUAAUAUUCUUAAUAAUGAGAGUGAUGAUAAUAAUCCCAUUAUUAGUUCGCCCAAUUCUCCAAUUUCCUCUAAUCUUAUAUGGAAUACUACUCAUACUAUAAGUGGUAAGAAUAAGAACCACAACAACGAACGAGCAGCUAUAUCAUCAGUGACAAAGGAACAUACAAUGAACAAUAAUAAUAAUAAUAAUAAUGCUUCAUCUAAUUAUUCUGCUGUUAAAGUUAAUUCAAAUGAAACGCCUACUAGUUUAGUAAAGCAACCAGUUCAUCCAAGAACAACAUUAAAAUGUCCGUUUUGUGAUAAAGUAUUCAGUAAUUCCAGUGCUAUCGCUAAGCAUAAGCUAACACAUAGUGAAGAACGUAAAUACAUUUGUAUUGUAUGCCAUAAAGCUUUCAAACGUCAAGAUCAUUUAAAUGGUCAUAAGUAUACACAUGAAAGUCGUAAACCGCAUGCGUGUCAUUUCUGUGAUAAAUCCUAUAGUGAUUCACGUUCACUUCGACGACAUUACGAAAAUGCUCAUCCCGAAGAGAAUGAACGUUGGAUGUUAUUAUGUCAAGCAACAAAUGGUGAUACAAGUGCCUUAUCUAUCGCUGCUGCUGCUGCUGCCGCUCUACUUUCCUCAUCAGCAGCAGCGGCGGCGGCAGCUGCAGCAGCAGCGACGACAGGGCUUGAUGCUGAAUCUUCACUAUCUCGCGAUGGUGGUGGUGGUAAUGCUGACGGCAAUUCCGAUAAUGAUAACAACGCUUCAUCGUUAGCCAUAUUGAAUGCCUUGAGUAAUAGUACAUCGGCAUCAUCAUCAUCUUCAGCUGGCAGUACUGGCGUUGUUUCUUCUGCAAGUGUAAAUAAAUUAAUUGAAUUGGGUAAUCAAACUGGCCUAUCACCUGCUGCAUUAGUCGCUUUAGUCGCUUCUACAGGUUCUACAUCAGGUCUUUCUUCAAGCUUACAACAAUUAGAUCGUUCUAAUUCAUCGACUUGCGUAUCUAAUGGUGCUAAGUCAUCAAAACAGUCAAUAUCAUCGACUAGUCAAAAUGCUAGCGAAAAAUCUCUACGUCCCAAUCGUUCGUCAUCAUCAUCACCGCCAUCACGAUUUGUCUGUCGUUCACCGAAUCCUUUCUCUAAACCAAUCUCUCCAAAUAACAAUAAUAAUGAUAAUAUGAUGGAUAUCAAUAUGGAAAGUGAGAAUGCAAUAAAUGUAAUCACUGAUGAGUUAUCGGACACCACUACAACAACAACAAUAUCAACAACAACUGGAACACUGACACCAACCAUAACAAAUACAAUUUUUAAUAAAACAUUAUUUACUAAUGAUGCCAGCAUUAAUCAUCAUACAAAUACUGUAACAAUUAAUAAUUUUUCCUUGAAUCCAAUUGAAGUAGCAAAUGCUGCCAAAGUUGCUUUACUUAUGGCACAUCCAUUAGAAGAACCAAAACGUGUAGCAUGUGCUAUCUGUGCAAAACGUUUUAAAAAUCAAUCUGCUCUAAAUGGUCAUAUGCGAUUACAUGGUGGUUAUGGACCGGCUGGUUUGAUUGGAGGGAAUAACACCUCCACCACUACGACAACGACAACAGUAACAACGACAUCACAAUCAAAUCAAACCUAUACUGCUACUACUACUACUACUAUUGAUAGCAGUAGUAAUGAUAAUCAAGAAAGUAAUAAAGCAAUACAUUUUAAUUUAUUUCAAACAACCUCUGGUCAUAUCAAGAAAAAUAACAAUGUUUCAGAUUCCAAGAAAAAAGGCUAUUCAACAUCUAGUGAUAUAGACUCUUUGAAGUCGUUCAGUUUAAAAUCUCAUUCAAAGGGAUUUACAGCAUCACAAAAUAGUUACGACUCUGUUUUAUCAAGUAUUGUUGGAACAAAUACUAGGCCUACUACAUUUGUGAUGACUACAGCUGCUUCUUCAAAUCCUUCCACUUCGACCGAUCUGUCGACAACAAGAUCUACUAAUACAACAGUAACAUCGAAUAAUUCCAUUAAAAAUGUCAAUUCACCUAGUUCCGCUCUAUUUGACUUGGUUAAUACAUCAUCAAAUACUCCAGAUUUGAAAAUGCAGUUGUCUAAUAGUCAUGAUCAUCGUCAUCAUCCGAUGAAUAGUAAUAUUAAUAAUGAUAAUAAUACUUGGUCAUAUCCACUUAACAAACAAAUAUUAGAAUCAUCCUAUAACACUUCAUUAAUUGAUCAUUGUUGUAAUAGCCCUAAUAUGUUAAGUCAACAGCAAAAGUCACAGUUAACAUUUGAUCAUCAAAAUGAGGCUUUAUCAAAUACUGUGGUUAGUUGUCAUCAUUGUCAACCUCAUCAGCCUCUGUCAACAUCAGCAUCUUCAUCAUCUAUUCAUGAUAGCUUAUGGUUAUCACAACAUGAUGAUCAUACAUCAGGACAACAACCUCUGUUUCGCAUAAAUUCGUCAGAAUUUGAUCAUAUUGUUGAUAUUAUUAAAAAAGAUACUCAUAUUACUAAUAAUACUAUUACUGAUAAUGACAGUAUUAAAAAUCGUCGUCAUGUACCAGUUGAUGAAUUAUCUAUGUUAAAAUUCGGUUCAGCAUUUUCUUCAACCUCAUUGGAAAAAACUACUACACCAGUAUCAACAACCACAUCGAAUAGCAGUUGUUCAUUAUUAUCACGAAAUGAAGAGUUUCCUCUGACAAUGAGUACAUCGUUUCUGUCUGAAGCAUCAAUGUUAAUAACAGACCAGGGUACAACGCCAUCAAUAAAAUAUACAUGUUUACCAUCAUCAAUUCAUUGUUUAUCUAAUGCAAACACUACUACUUGUAGUAUUAAAUUUCUCAAUUCUUCAUCACAACGAUCUGAAUUAUUUGGUUUAAUGAAUAAUGAUGAUUGGUGGCAUCCUAUUUCAAACCAUGCAAGUAGUAAUAAUGAUACUAAUGUACAGUGUCCAAUAGAUAUGCAUAUAUUUGACCAGAAAUGGCCAUCUAUCGAACAUGUUCAAUCAUCGAAUAAUGAUAAUAAUAAUUUAAAUGUGUUAGCAAAUUUUCAAUUAAAGAAUACUACAAGUACUGCUGCUUUUUUUGAUGAAAAACACAUGAUACAUACUACUAAUAUUAAUAAUGAUAGUAAUAUUAUGCCACCAAAUAUUCAUUUGACAUCAUUAUUAAAACUGAACAACAACGAACCUCCUCAUGUCUCAUCAUCAGUUAUACUUAAUUCUUCAUCACUGUCAUCUUCACCACCACUGUCAUCCUCCUCUUGGUCAACACAACAACGAAAACAAGCUCAUAAAUCUAAUUUUCACCGUCCAAUACCUCAACCUUUACAAUUAAUUAAUGAACCGAAUUAUCAAACACAACUUGGUAUUAGCAGUCAAUAUUCACCAAUUACACCGGCACCGAUGAAUAUGUCUAUGCACACAUUAACAACAGAAUGUGGAGGACCUACUACCACUACUAUCUCAUCGUCAUCGGUAAACAUAACAACAAUAACCAACUGUAUUAAUGCUGAUUCAAAUCUAUUUAUUGCUGAACAUCAACAUCGUCCAGUAAAUAAUAAUGUUGAACGCGAAAAUUCUCACAAGUCUUCAUCGUCAAUAUGUUGUUUCGAUGCUAAUCGAUUAAGUUUGGGAAAUUUUCCCGAUUCAUUAUUAUUUCCUUCAAUGUAUAAUAAUAAUAGUGGUAAUCUAAUCGUCACUGAUAAUACUAAUACUAAUAAUAAUUUUGUAGGAAAAAUGUUUUCUCAUAUUGAUUCAUUCAAUAUUAAUAAUAACAGUAUAAAACCAUCGGAUAUUUCUAUGAUUCCAUCAAUGAAUCAUACAUUAUUAAAUCAUGAUCGUUUAUUGAAUAUAACAACACAGAAAAGAAAUUUAUCAAAACAUCAACAUUAUCAACAACAACAACAAAUGAAUAGUCAACAAAAUCAACAACAACAACAACAACAACAUCAUCAUCAUCAAUAUCAACAAUUGCCUGACCAACUUAAUAAUAGUAAUUGUCAUGAUAAAUUAUAUGAAUCGAAAGGUAAUUGUACCGUUUGUUAUUCACAACAUCAUCUUUAUCAUCAAGUACAACAACAACAAAAACAACAUUCAGAACCUAAACAAUUGAUUGAUCAUAUUGAACAACAUCAAAAUCCAUUAAAUAUUUGUCUUUUACCAUCAACAACAACAACAACAUCAUCAUCAUCAUCAGUUCAGUCAUUACAAUUAAACAUUCCACCGUCAAGUUCAUCAUAUUACCCUAAUCGUCAUCAAUAUCAUGAACAAGGAAAUGGUAAUGAUCAUUUUAAUAAUAAUAAUAAUACAAAUUGUCGACGGAAUACAGAAUCAUCGUCACAUACUUGUUCUCAAUAUUCAUAUUAUCAACCUGUCGCAAACUCAUUAGGAAGCAUGGAUUUUGCACGUCAAUCCACACAUGAAUUUAUUAAUACUUCUACAGUGCAUAAUAACGAUAGUAUUUUUAUACCUUCCUCAUGCAUUUCAUCACUGAAUCCAAAUUGUUGUUCUGUAAUGAAUAUGACAUUAUCAUCGUGUUGUAAUUCAUCAGCUAAAACAGUAGCUACAACAACUUCUCCACUGUCUAUUGCAACAUCUUCAAAUUUCAUUCAUGCAAUAAGUGCAACUAAUAUUACUCAUGGUUGUAGUAGUAAUCAGUACUCAUUAUCAGUGAAUGGAAAUAAUUGUUUUAAUUUAAACCGAAAUCGAUUACAGUAUAAACAACCGCUCCUUGGACCACCACUAUCGUCCACACUGCAUCUUGGACAAGAACACCUUUAUUCUCUUCCACCACCACCACAUCAUCAUCAUCACUACCACCAUCAUCAACAACAACCAACAAAGUAUCCAAUAAUGUCAUCCACCUCAUCCUCGUCGAAUCAUGGGAUUUAUUCUUGUUUGGAUAAAAUUGAUAAUUGUCGCUUUUUCAAUGGGUCCGAAUUAUUAUUGCACAAUCAACUUAAUCAUAUGAAUGGUUCUAUACGAAAUCAUCACAAUAAUAUAAGUAAUAAUAAUAAUACUAAAAGUAAUGUUAAUAAUAACGAUCAUAAUUACAAACAUUUAUUCCGUUGUAAUGAACAACCGGAUUCAUUUACAAAACAUACAUCUAGAAGUCAUUGCUGUUUAACCUGUUUAGAACUAGAAAGGAAACGACAUAUUUCUGCACCAGCAGUUAAUAGUAUUUCAUCACAAUCCUCUUGGCCAUCAUUAUCGUUAUCGUCCUCAUCAUCUUCAUUAUCUGUACCAUUAUCAUUAUCGUCCCAUAAUUCAUCAAUUUCACCGUUAACCUGUCCUGGCAAUCCACAGUCCCAUUUACAACCAUCAGCUUUAACGAGCCAUAAAAAUGAAUUUGUGAAUAAAUCUUAUUCCUAUCUACCGGAAUAUCAUAAUCAUCAUUAUCGUGUUCAUCAUCAUUAUCAUCAUCGCGGUCAUUAUUGCAAAGGUACUAGUUCCAGUGAAGGAGGUGUUGGUGAUCAACCAUCAAGUGAUGUCGUUGCCGAAUUGUUAAUGCAAAGCCAUAUUACUGAUCCAGAUGGAUUAUCAUCAUUAACAUGUGAUAUACAUAAUUCUUGUCCAACAACACCAGAACUGUCGUUAACUCCUGUCCCAUCACCAGCACUACCACAACCACCACCACUGCCGUCGCAACACCAAAAACCUUUAUUAGUAGCAAGAUCUACAGCAGAAACGGUUGAUCAGUCAUUCUCUAUUUUAGAAGAUGAAUGUUUAUACCGACCAAUAAAUAUUAUGAACAACAUGUCAAGUAUAUUUCCAACUAAUAAAAUGACAUGUAUUCCAUCAUCGUCAUCAUCAUUUCUAGUGCCAUCAUUAUCACCGACAACAUCACCACCAGUAUUACCGUUUUCAUUAUCAUCGAUAUCACAAGAAGAAACAACAUCUUUCUUUUCAUGUACUGAUUCACAUUUAAUGACUAAUUCAUUUCGUUCUAUGGAUAUAGAAGAUUUGAGUAUUGAACAACAUCAACAACAGCACUUUUCGAAAGUACCAACUCAUCAUCAUCAUCAUGAACAACAACAUCAAAAAUUGCCUAUCAGUUUACAUCUUCCAAUUACUUCUUCAUAUUCAGUAUCCAAUUUAAAUCAGUCCGAGUUAUUGGACCUGACUGUACCACCAUCGAUUACACAAAAUAAUAUUGUCAACUGUGAUGAUCACGAUGAAAUGAUCAAAAAAACAACAAAUCAGACAACAUCCAAUAAUAAUAAUAAUAAGUAUCUUUGCGAUUCAGGAAAUGAUUCGGUUGCAGCAAAACUUUCCAAAUCAUUAGCUGAAGAUAAUUUAUUCCGUAAUCCAACAGCAUUACCACCACCGAAAAAAAUGAAAAGUAAACCAGCGCCUAUUUCAAUUCCCCCACAAACCGGUGCAAAUUUGUCAAGAUUACGUUCUCCACGUGUAUGGAGUUCAAAACGAUCUUCGCUUAAUUCUAGUCCUCCACCAUAUACACCACCUCCAAUGCUUAGUCCAAUCCGUCAAGGUUCCGGUUUGUUUUCUUCAUUAUCGCGAUGGGUGCCAACUCCAACAGCAGUAUCAGGGGGAGGAGCAUCAGUGACGACGUCGACAGGAACUCGUUCUGUCGGGAGCGGUACACUGAUGAAUCGUCGAUUCUCAAGUUAUUAUUCAUCGAUCUCCCAUCAUAAUGACUCAGAAAUUAAUAAUAUUCCUAAUACUUCUACUAUGUGUGCCACUGGCAGUGGGGUCAAUAGUGGUGGUCAGUUGAAACGACGUCAUGCAAGUAGCAGUGGUACUAGGAGUAAUACCAGUGAGAUUAGCACUUCAAAUCAGAGUAUUAGUAUGGUAGAUUCUGGUAAUAAUAUAUUUACUGACCCUACUAAUACUAUUACUAAUAAUAAUAGUUAUGACAAUAACAACGUAAAUACAGGCUCAAUCACUGACUUGUAUAUGCGUGAUGUAAAUCGACCAAUAGCCUAUACACGUAGACGACGUCAACAACUCACACCAAAGUCCGCUCCUGUGUUAAUUCUUAACUGUAAUACGACAAAAAAUUCGGCAAAUCAAUCAAGAGAUCUUCAAGACAAUGAGUUAUCACUUCAAUCUCAACAACAAUUCUCUAACACUGAUACCGUAUUUGGUUAUGAUGAUGAGACUAUGCGCCGUUUUGCGGAAGCCGAUGAAGCUUACCGGUUAAAUAGACAAAAACAUCAAGAUAAACGGUAUUCACGUCGUCGACAUGAUACUGAGAUAAAUGCAUCUAAUGAUCAAAUCAAUCACCAUACUACUACUACUCCUACCGAUGAUGAUAAUAAUAACAGUAAUGAAUCAAUUCUUAAUAAAACUGAUCACAGUUUCAACUUUGCUGAUGAACAGUUGUUAAAUUUUGAUAUUGAAAUGAAAAUUAAAGAGACAAACUAUUCUGAAACAACAAUACAAUUUAAUAGCGAUGUUGAAUUAGACUCGGAGCAUGAAAUGGAGGAUGAAGAGGAUGAUGACGAUGAAGAAGGUGUUCCAACUAGUAUUAUUCCGCAUAUCAAUGUUGGUCACGCUUAUCAAGCAGAAAUUCCUGAUUUUUGUCAAGAAAUUUCAUCAGAUGAAACCAACAAAGAAUCACCAUCCAACUGGGAAAUGUUACUCUGGUAUCCAGCUUAUCUUGAUGAACAUGAUCCUAAGAAUAUAGAGUCAUUAAAUUUACUGACAAAAAUUGCCUGUUCACCAGCUGUACGUAAUUGUGGAUUAAAUAUGGAAUAUACAUUUCAUUUAUUAUGUAAAUAUAAAGGUGAUGUAGAAAUGACAUUACAUGCUUUAUUACGUGAUACAUUAGUUGUGUAUGAUUAUGUUUAUGCUGAAACUACGGCUUGGACAACUGAAGAGAUUGUACGCUUUCAACAAGGUUUAGCUAUGCAUGGAAGAGAUUUUCAUCAAGUUUCAAAAGAUUUACAAGCAGCUGGAAUGAAUAAAACAGUUAAAGCAUGUGUAGAAUUCUACUAUGUAUGGAAACGAAUGAAUACACCAUCUGAUGUUAAAUGGUAUAGAGAAAGAGCACGACGUCAACGUCCACUUGCUCGUAUGGAACCGAUAAUCACAGAAGAACCAUUAUCGGAACAAUUUGAAGCUAUUGAACAAUGUAAUACAUAUACAACAGAUAUGAAUUCAAUACAAACAUUAGAUAAUAAUAUUAUCAAUAAUAAUAAUAAUAAUUCAGUUAAUGUGCCUUAUAAUUUACGUCGUAAACAACAACAAACAACAAUAUCAGUUCAACCACCACCAUCAUCAUUAUCAACAAACUUGAAAUCAGAUUAUCAAUUGACUACUAAAGUGAAUACCAACGAUAUUGUUGUGAAUAAUGAUAACAGUAAUUCCUUGGAAAAUUCCUAUGAUGAUUUUAUGGAUAUUGUUUUCAAUGAAACUACAUCAAUUGGAUCGUUACCGAAGUAUAAUACUACUACGACUUCUGUUGUAAUGACUACAACAUCUAAUGAUGUCAUCUCUUCACAUUCUGUAUUUACAUCUUCAUCUAACUCGUCCUUAUCAUCAUCAUCAUCAUCAUCAAGCCAAACAUCAGCUAAUACUGUCGUUGUCCUCUCUACGAGUUGCUUAUCUACUGUCACCACCACCACCACUACCACUACUACUACGUUCACUUCCACUGUAUCAUCAACAUUUACUUCUACAUCGUUGAGUGAUAUAAAACAUUCAAUUUAUACAUGUCAUAUAUGCAAUAAAGCUUUCAAUAAAAUCAAAUCACGUAAUGCUCAUAUGAAAACUCACAGUGAUAAAAUUAUCACCAAUAAUAAGUCACGUCGUCAAUACAUUUAA